AUGGAUAUCCACACUUAUCUGAGCCGAUGGCCGGGCCGGAUAUUCAUUCCCUCUCGUCAAGCGCUGCAACAAUCAAGAUUCGCUUCGCAAAAUUCACAAGCCGGUCAAAGAGAGUGGCACAUCCCUGGUUACCUAGCUUUUGUGGUAGGCGCUGCGGUGAGCGGCUUGACUACUGCAGCAGUCAUCAAGGACGAUAUGAUCUCGGGCCGAGAUGAAAGCCUCAAACCAAGGUGGGUUCAACAGGAUAUUCCAUCGAUUCCGAACAAGGUGAUGUAUGCAGAUAAGAAUACCAUGUUAAAAGCUGUUGGUGAAAUACGCGACCUGCUUGGGGAAGAGGCCGUUAGUACUGACUGGGAUGACCUCGAAGAACAUGGCCACUCAGAAUGGUCGACCUCGAAUUCUGAUUCGCGCCCCGUAGCAGUCAUCCGCCCCCAAACGACUGAACAGGUCUCGGCUAUCGCUCGCAUCUGUACCGCCUACAAAGUCCCAAUGGUCCCCUACGGAGCUGGUUCCAGUGUCGAAGGCAAUUUUAGCUCCCCUCAUUCGGGCGUUUGUCUUGAUAUGUCUUCUAUGAAUAACAUCGUGGCAUUUCAUCCAGAGGACAUGGACAUAGUAGUUCAAGCUGGCGUCAACUGGACCAACAUGAAUGAGGAAAUAAAGCACAGCGGACUAUUCCUUCCGCUUGAUCCCAGCCCUACGGCAUUGAUAGGUGGAAUGGUUUCGACAAACUGCAGUGGCACAAAUGCCAUGAGAUAUGGCACAAUGAAGGACUAUGUUAUCAACCUGACAGUGGUCCUAGCAGACGGUUCAGUCAUCAAGACCCGUCGUCGGCCCCGGAAGACAUCAGCUGGCUACAAUCUUACUGGCCUUUUUGUGGGCUCUGAAGGAACUUUGGGGAUUGUUACAGAGGUAACACUGAAGUUGGCUAUCAUUCCCGAAAAGCUGUCUGUCGCGACGGCUACCUUUUCGACUGUCAAAGAGGCAGCUGACAUGGCUUUCAAACUCAUGCGCCAGGGCGUUCCUUUAGCUGCGUUGGAACUUAUGGAUGAUACCCAAAUGAAGGUUGUGAAUCAAAGUGGUGGGACAGGUGGAAGAAUGUGGGAUGAAUGCCCAACGCUAUUUCUGAAGUUUUCCGGGUCACAGAAUGCAGUCAGAGACAGCAUCAACGCGACCAAGGAGAUUGCCAACUCUCAAGGAUGUCGUUCAUUCGAAUUUGCAGAAACACAGGAGCAGAUGGAUUCACUUUGGUCGGCGAGAAAACAGGCUCUAUGGGCAAGCCUUGCUGUUCGAGAAGAAGGAACCAAGAUGUGGUCUACAGACGUUGCUGUACCUCUUUCGCAGAUGGCUGAAAUCAUUGAAGAAUCGAAAGAAAAAGCCAGCCAUCUUGGCAUCUUUAACAGCGUGAUGGGACAUGUUGGUGACGGCAACUUCCAUCAACUAAUGAUGUAUAAUGCUAAAGACGAGAACCAACGACAGGCCGUGUCAAAAUGCGUGGAUGAUAUGAUGGUCAGAGCCUUGGAAAUGGAGGGAACUGUGUCUGGUGAACACGGAAUUGGACUGGGAAAGAUGGAAAAGCAUUGCCUUCAAAAGGAACUCGGUCCAGCUACAAUUGGUGUGAUGAAAGCCAUCAAAGACACCCUUGAUCCGCACUGGAUCUUGAACCCCGGGAAAGUCUUUGAGAACUGA